AUGAUCAUAUCAUCGUCGCUUGUGAUUGUACGCCGCAUGCCUGAGGUAUCGAUUGGCUCGCUUCUCUUUGUUAUUGUGAUCCAGGGCUUUGGGUACGGAUUGAUCACGGACUUUAAUUUCUUCCUGCGCAACCUAUCGGUGAUUGGCGGUCUAUUAAUGGUGUUUUCAGACAGUCUUGCACAUAAACGCAAGAAUCUGUUUGCCGGCCUACCAAGUUUGAGCGAGACGGAUAGAAAGAUCUACUUCCAGCUGGCCGGGCGUGUGCUUUUGAUAUUCUUGUUUUUCGGAUUCGUACUUCAAGGCGAAUGGACUACGCUCCGUGUGGUUGUUUCGAUCCUCGGCUUUGGAGCAUGCAUUAUGGUAGCCAUCGGAUUCAAGGCUCGUUGGAGCGCAAUGUUCCUUGUGCUACUCUUGAGUGUGUUGAACAUUGCCGUCAACAACUUCUGGACCGUUCAUUCUGCGCACCCACAGCGCGACUUCCUGCGUUACGACUUCUUCCAAACCCUAUCCAUUGUGGGCGGCUUGCUCCUCCUUGUGAGCCUGGGUCCAGGCGGGUUCUCUAUGGACGAACGCAAGAAGGUGACAUGA